AUGAGUGAGCAGGAGAGGGAGACAGAGGAGGAUGAGGGAGGGGCCACUACGGACACGACACCCAUGCUGCCCCGAAGGCCUCCCGACUGCCAGGCCUCAGAGAGAGCAGGUCUGGCCACCCGAGGCCUUGGGGCCCUGCUGCUGCCUGGCCAGGCCCUGGCUGGGCUGCUGCUCUACCUGCUGCUGCCUGUGACGGUCUUCCUGCUGGCACUCCUGCCCGCAGCCGCCAUCGUGUACCUGGGUUUCCUGUGCCACUCGAGGGUGCACCCGGCGCCCGGGCCGCGCUGCCGCUCGCUGCUGUCGGACCGCGGCUCGGCGGCGCUCAUCGUGCUGGGCUUCCUGGCGCUGCCGCCGCUGCUCGUGCUCGCCUCGGCCGCCCGCGCGCGCCUGGCCCGGCGCCUCCGCCCGCUGCUGCCGCCCCCCGCUCGGAGCCCCAGCCUCGGCCGCCCCCCGGGCCGCAGCGCCCACGGGGAGGGGCAGCUCUGCGCCUGGGUGUGA